AUGGGAAAGAGAGGACAUCUCUUUUGGAUGCUUUGGCCACUGCUCCUUCACCAGAGUUAUGCACAAUUCCCACGGGAAUGUGCUACCCUGGAUGCACUGAGAAGUGGUGAAUGUUGUCCAGAUCUGAAUCUGGGACCAGAGCCUGGGACAGACAGCUGUGGCUCAUCAACUGGGCGGGGAAGGUGUGAUGCAGUUACUGCUGAUUCCAGACCCCAUGGGCCCCAGUACCCACAUGAUGGCAGAGAUGAUCGUGAAGCCUGGCCUACUAGGUUCUUCAACAGGACCUGCCACUGCAAUGGUAAUUUCUCAGGAUACAACUGUGGGACAUGCAAACCUGGAUGGAGAGGAUCUACAUGUGACCAAAGAGUCAUUACAGUGAGGAGAAACCUACUAGAUCUGAGUACAGAGGAAAGAAAUCGUUUUAUCCAAGCCCUCGACAUGGCAAAGCGUACUAUUCAUCCCCAUUUGGUCAUAGCCACCAGGAGAUCAGAAGAACUGCUGGGUACAGAUGGCAAUACACCACAAUUUGAGAAUAUUUCCAUUUAUAACUAUUUUGUGUGGACCCACUAUUACUCAGUCAAAAAAACUUUCCUUGGGGAAGGGCAGGAGAGCUUUGGGGCUGUGGAUUUUUCUCAUGAAGGCCCAGCAUUUCUCACCUGGCAUAGGUACCACCUACUACAGCUGGAGAAAGAUAUGCAGGAGAUGCUGCAAGAUCCCACUUUUGCCCUUCCAUACUGGAAUUUUGCUACUGGAGGAAAUACCUGUGAUAUCUGCACAGACAACUUGAUGGGCUCCAGAAGUAACUUUGAUUUUUCUCUAAUAAGUCCAAAUUCUGUCUUUUCACAAUGGCGAGUUUUGUGCGAAUCUGUGGAAGAUUAUGAUACUUUGGGAACCCUUUGUAACAGCACAGAAGGAGGACCUAUUCGCAGAAACCCUGCUGGAAAUGUAGCCAGGCCCAUGGUGCAACGUCUCCCUGCACCACAGGAUGUCGCUCAGUGCUUGGAAGUUGGUCUAUUUGAUACACCUCCUUUUUAUUCCAAUUCAACAAACAGUUUCCGAAACACAGUGGAAGGUUACAGUGAUCCUACAGGGAGAUAUGAUCCUGCAGUUCGAAGUCUUCAUAAUUUGGCUCAUCUGUUUUUGAAUGGAACAGGAGGACAAACUCAUUUGUCUCCCAAUGAUCCUAUUUUUGUUCUUCUACAUACUUUCACUGAUGCAGUUUUUGAUGAAUGGCUAAGGAGAUAUAAUCCCGAUAUAUCAAUAUUUCCAUUGGAGAAUGCCCCUAUUGGACACAACAGGCAAUAUAAUAUGGUGCCAUUCUGGCCCCCAGUUACCAAUACUGAAAUGUUUGUUACUGCUCCAGAAAAUCUGGGAUAUGCAUAUGAAGUUCAAUGGCCAAGUCGAGCUUUCAAUGUUACUGAAAUAAUUACUAUGACAGUAGUAGCUGCCCUAAUACUGGUGGCAAUUGUCUUUGUUGUCACCACUUGUUUUAUCCGGGCCAGAAGAAACAAAGAUGAAUCCAAUCAACCUCUCCUCAGUGAUCAAUACCAACGAUAUGCAGAAGAAUAUGAAAAACUGUCAAAUCCUAGUCAGACCAUGGUAUGAAGAAGAGACAAUAGAAUACAGUACUCCAGUCUUUCUACAUCAGGAGUCCAUAACUUUGUCUGUUUCAAAUGAUCGAUUAAGUCAAUAAUUCUUUUCACUGCUUUUUAUAUAGGCAUGUGAUGACUGAGUCCAUUCAUCACAAGCAAUUAUCUUCAUUAAGAAAAAGUCAUUGGAAAAUGCAUGAAAGUUCUGUUUAUAAAUCAGGUAGCCUGGAAUAGAUCACUCUUGAUGGUCUUUUGGCUUUAGGCACUCUAGAAAACAAGGUUUAGCAUGAGUGCUAAACUUGGAGUCAG